AUGCUUCCCACGGCGUAUCAGCCUAUCCAGCCCGUUCUGCUCCGAGUAACCUUCGAGGCCCUGGGUACAAGCAGAGUGAUGCCAAAGACACAGACACAGACUCUACUUCACGAUCGUCGUCCCAAGACUCAACCAAACGGGCUACUGAUGAUAGGGUGCAGCCAAGGAGUCGACGUGAAAAAAUUUUCGAAUGCUUCAUUUGCUUUGGUGAAGCGUUUGUCUGUAUACUUGAUAUUGUCAACUAAUUCCGCGGAAGAAACACAAGCCAUAUCUGCGCCAGUAAACGUGAAUGUUGCUUUUAGAACAAGACUCGUUAAUUCAGUUUCGACAAGCAAUGCAAACAAUAAACGUACUAGAGUUGCACUGAUACCUUUCUCUUUGAACCCCUGUAUGUCUGAGCAUCAAGACCCAACUCCGUCUUCCUAG